AUGCUGAAAAUUAACAUAAAAUAUGCAUGUGAUAACAGCAACACUGUAGGGAGCCAAGUCGUCGAGCCUACGAUGUGGGUCACUGACGAUGCAGCAUUCGAUGCGGCGAAACGUAAAGGGCGAGAUGAGAGGGCUGAGGGUGACUGGAAUUAUCAUUCACACACUAUUGGCCCGAGCGUACGGCGCGUAGCGUUCCGCGCGCGCCUCAAAGAGCCAAUAGACCACCACAGACGGGGCCCUAAAGGGCUGAUGUUCAGCCGGGGUUGCGGGGUAAGCGCAAUAAGGUACCGCGACCUCGGCACAGAGCAGGAGAAGGAACAGGGGGGCCCGAGCGUACGGCGCGUAGCGUUCCGCGCGCGCCUCAAAGAGCCAAUAGACCACCACAGACGGGGCCCUAAAGGGCUGAUGUUCAGCCGGGGUUGCGGGGUAAGCGCAAUAAGGUACCGCGACCUCGGCACAGAGCAGGAGAAGGAACAGGGGGGUUUUUAG